UACUGGUAAUGUCAACAAAAUCCAAUGUUACUAUCCGUGAAAUAGCAUUAAAACUCAGAUUGUAAUAUACGAAAUGGUCAAUCUUGGUCUCACUCGAGUGGACGACGAGCUGGUGGCGAAACACCCGGGCUUAGAAAGGUAUGCCGCCUGUCAGUCUCACGCCUUCAUGAAGGGGACUGGAACCUUUAUUCUUGGUGCUGUUGGCCUUUUUGCUCUGCAGAAGAUUCUACAAAAGAGACUUGCUUAUCCCUUGCAGUGGAAUUUGCUUGUUUCCAUCGUGGGGUCAUCGGUAGGUAGCUACGCUGUGACACGUUGGGAAACGCAGAAAUGCUCCGACCUCUGGUUGCUACUUGAAACUGGCAAAGUCCCGGAUAGGUUGCAGCCACAAAGUAAGUCCCUGUCUGAAAGUGCUGUACAGUAUGUACGUAGGACUGGAUUAACAAACAGAGGAGACAUUUACUGUUGUGGUACCUUUAGGUACCAGUGAUCGAAAUGAUCGUCAUUUCGAUGGUUUUGUUGUUGUCGUUU